GCCCUUUCACUGUUCGAUAGAUACUUACCGUCUUUAACAAUGUCACUUCUACGAAUUAUACUUGUUAUAUUGAACUUAGUUUGCAUAGCUAUUGUGCUUUAUUUAUUAUCCAACUAUUUAAUGUCAGACGACAAUAAACAAUCGGAAAGUUUGACUAUCGUUAAGCUUAAACCUGGUCAACUAUACCCACCGACAGAAGGGGAAGUGUGGCCAAAGCCGCAGCAACAGAUAACAGAACAGACUUAUUUUAAACUAUCGCCUUCAGUUUUUAAAUUUACGGAAAAGGGGGAAACAUGUGAAAUAUUAAAGAAUGCUAUAGAAAGAUACGCCACAGUGCUUAGAAGGUUACACAAUAUAGUGUGGAUAAAUUUGAAGAAAACAUGGAAGCAUGCAGAACCUCGACAAGUGGAUACAAAUCCCGACUUCAAAGGUACGCUGGAAGAACUGCAGAUAAACCUCAGAAGACCAUGCGAGGACUAUCCACACAUGGAUAUGGAUGAAAACUAUAGCCUCAACGUUUCUGCAGUAUCAUCGCUGACCAGUGACUCCAUAUGGGGCAUACUGAGGGGCAUGGAAACUUUCGCACAGUUGUUCUAUUUGUGUAAGGGGUAUAAAGAUGUUCUUAUCAACUCGACACAAAUCGUGGACUUCCCGAGAUACACGUAUCGAGGGCUGCUGAUCGAUACAUCGAGGCAUUACCUCAGUGUCGCCAACAUACUCAAGACCUUGGACGCUAUGGAAAUGAACAAGAUGAAUGUUCUGCACUGGCACAUUGUGGACGAUCAGAGCUUUCCUUACCAGAGCGAGAAAUUCCCGAAACUAAGUGAACAAGGUGCAUAUGAUUCCUCGAUGAUCUAUACGAAGGCCAACAUCAACAAGAUAGUCAAAUACGCCAGAGACAGGGGGAUCCGAAUACUGCCAGAAUUCGACGUACCAGGACACACGAAGUCGUGGGGCUCGGCAUACCCUGGAAUUCUCACAGAAUGCUAUAAGUCCGGCAAAGUAGUAGGCUUGGGGCCCAUGGACCCAACCAAGAACAUCACGUACAAACUAAUAGGCGAGCUGUUCCAUGAAGUGCAGGAGCUGUUCCCCGACAAAUACUUCCAUCUUGGAGGUGAUGAAGUCGCUUUGAACUGCUGGACAUCAAACCCAGAGAUACAGAAAUUCAUGGACAACCAUAAGCUGACUAACAACAGUGAACUGCACGCGUACUUCAUGACUAAGGUCCUUCCUUUGUUGGACCAAAAGUCUAAGCCUAUAGUCUGGCAGGAGGUCUUUUUCAACAAUGUGACGUUACCCAGUGAUGCCAUCGUACAGGUGUGGCAUCCGAGUGGACCGAAAGAUAUGAUUGCAAUCCUGUCCAAACGUCACAAAGUCAUUUACUCCUCGUCCUGGUACCUAGACCAACUCCAUAAUGGCGGAGAUUGGGUCUAUUUCUACGUUUUUGAUCCUCGGCGCAUUUUAGAUUCCAAAUUAUAUAAACUAGAAGACAUUGUUGGCGGCGAAGCUUGUAUGUGGGGCGAACUAGUCGAUGACACCAACUUCAUUGCUAGGGUGUGGCCUCGUGCUAGCGCUGCAGCAGAAGUUCUGUGGUCCGCUUUAGAUCCUCAAUACACCAUAUCUAAUGGAAGUCAGAUCGCCAGCCGUCUAGAGGAACAUGUUUGUCGAAUGAACCGUCGCGGGGUCCGCGCCCAACCAGCCAACGGCCCAAGCGCUUGCGUCGGAAGAAAUAUCUGGCUGACCAGCAGCUUUGGAAGCAUCAACUUUGAAAGCAGCAGCUUUGGAAGCAGCAGCUUUGAAACCAGCAGCUUUGAAGUGCAAAAUCAAUUCGAUGUAACUUCUAAAGAACCACCACCUCGAAUACCGAAUUUCAAACUGAUAGCUGGACACAUCUAGCUACCACAUGAACCGAUACGACCACGCGAUGAGGAUUCCGUGUCAGAUAUUUUAUUAAAAUUUUUUCUUGUUUA